AUUACUUCUUUCAUUACGAGUUAUAUGUCUGCAUGAUGACUAGAGUGUUACGUUGGCUCCGUUUUGUUUGUUGUUUUGGGUGUACCCUUUAAUGGCAUACAAAGUGUUUGAUGAAAUCUCAAACUAAGUCUUACAAGAAAUAUUGCUUCUUACCUCUAUUGUCUUUUAAAAUAUAUGUUUUUUUCCAUUGCUAAUAGAUUUAUCCUUGUGUAGAGAAGAUUAGAUUAACCUUUUUAAUCAUAUAUAGCACAGUAGACAGGUAAAUAGAGAUGGGGUUGCCGGAGGCUUCUGAGUCUGAGGACUUAUCAUCAAAGAUGGAGGUGGAUGCAUUCAGACGCCUCUUCCCUCUUCGAUAUUUUGAGCGUCAUUUGGCUGAAUCUAUACGCCCUGAUGCUAGGCCUGUUGGAAGAGCUAGAGAUACUACUGUAUCUCUUGGUGCUGUUGCAUGCGCUGAUGGAUCAGCGCUGGCGAAGAUUGGUUCAACCACCAUGUUGGCUGCUAUCAAAAUGGAAGUCAUGACCCCUUCCUUGGAGGGACCAGAUGAGGGCUGCGUAGCUAUUGAUUUCCACUUGCCUCCGAUAUGUUCUCCAAACAUUAGGCCUGGCAGGCCAGCAGAGGCAGCACCAGUUAUAUCGAAGCAGUUAUCUGACACUAUUUUAAGUUCUGGCAUGAUUAAUCUGAAGGAACUAUCAUUAGUCAGUGGAAAAGCUGCUUGGAUGGUGUAUUUGGACAUAUAUUGCUUGGAUGCUGAUGGUGCUCUUUUUGAUGCUGCAUUACUUUCAGCAGUUGCUGCUUGCUCUCAUUUGCAAAUCCCUGUGGUUUCUUUGGAUUUUGAAGGAAAAAUUGUUAUGGCGUCUGGCGAACAGAAGGUAGAAAAGUUGGAAAAAGAGGCAGUCAAUAAGGAGAGAAGGAAACUUACACUGAGCAGUAUUCCACUCUCACUGACAUGCAUACUGCAUAAGAAACACAUCCUCGUAGAUCCAACUGCUGAGGAAGAAUCAAUAAUGGAUACUCUUGUGACUGUUGUCUUAGAUUCGUCUGGUCAACUUGUGUCUUUAUACAAACCAGGUGGACCAGUUCUUGCCUAUACAUCAGCUGUUCAGAGUUGCAUUGCAUUAACAAGGCAUAGAGUAAAGGAACUUCAGGAGAUAUUAGACGAAGCAAUUUCUGAUGUGUGCUAUCCAGAUGUGUGGGUACUUAAUGUAACACCCUAUGUUGCCACAUUGUGAUUACAAAUUAUUUGGCGGUUUAGAUUUCUGACUAUUAAUUGUGGGAAGUCAAAUGCUAAGGGAUGGAUGAAUCCUUGUUUUCAAGUUUAAUUAGCAAGUAUUGUAUUAAUUUGAAUGCUAUGCUAUUUACCCGAUAGUCCAUGAAAUUUCUGUAGAGCUUUAAUGAGCUCCGCUGCUCUAUUAUCUGAACCCCAGAGCUGGAGAUUGUUAUAUAACUGGAUUGGUCUUAAAGAGCUGUAAUCUUUGUCAUAUAUGCAGAUGCAAAUUUGUAUGUGAAAAAACAAUGGAUGAGCGCGAAGUGUCUCAAGUGGAGCUUCGAAUUCAAGCACCGAGGCUUAUUU